AUGUCAGAAGCGGAAAGGAAAGCGGAAAUGAUAAGAAAAGAGAGAUUAGGGGAAACGGAUGAGGAGGAUUUCAUGAGAGAUGAUGACAGCGAUCCCAUUGCUAGGGCAGGCUCUGACAAGGAGGAGAUACUGGCUUCGGAUGCGGAGGAGGUUGAAAAGAUUGUUGAAGAGCGGGAGCAGGUGGUCCGCACUUCGGAUUCCCAGAGGGAGGAAAUUCUACCAUCGGAAGAUGAAGCUGAACCUAAUAAAGUCUUAAUCAGACCACCAACGACUCGCUCUGUAAGUUCACGAGCAAGCCGUGAAAAAACCCCUCAGGACCGCCCAACAACAUCUGCCGAUAGCAAUCGGGAAGAGAUUCUCCCUUCAGACGAAGAAGAAGCAGCUGUACCACCAACAGAACAAGAAGAGGAAGCAGUUGAAGAAGAAAAAGUAGAUGCUAAUCCAGAUGAGCCACUGUCCGCAACUGCAGAAAAUGACGAAGACGAACUUAGAAAAAAGAACGAAGCUGCCACAAAGAUUCAAGCUUUCUAUAGAGGAUAUAGAACUCGAAAGGAGCUGGCAGUUCGGUUCCUUGAAAGCGAGCCAGAAAUUAUUCCAAGCAUUCCAGAAGAGAAAAUUGGCGAUGAACAACUGGAGCCAUCUACGGAAGCGGAAGCAAAAGAAGAAAUCGUUGUCGAGCCAGUGCCGGUGGCGGAACGACAGGCUACACCAGGACCAGGAAGAGAGAAAAGUGAGUAGUA